AUGGUCCCCGCCGCCUGCAUGCUGCUCUGGGCCCUGCUACUUAGUUUGGGGCUCCGGGCGGCGGGGGCCCAAGACCAGACGUCAAACCCAACGUCGAUGCCGCGGAUCAGCGUCCGCUUUGGCCCAGCCCGCAGCCGCCGGAGCACAAGCGUCACUAUCCGGAACAGUGUACACCGAAAGGUGAAGGUAACUCUAGAGGAUGAUAAUGAUGCGCUAGCCACUGCUGACCGCCUGGCUGCCCCGGCAGCAGCUGAGCUCCUGUCCACUGUGUCAGGUAUUAGCCGGUCAUCAGCGUCCAACUUCAAUGAGUAUGAUGGCUCCUUGGAAGAGGGAGCCGUGAUUGAUGCCAAAAAAACCACCUACCCUGCAACUCUCACUUCGACCUCCAGUACUAUGAGUGUUAGCACAGCCCCCGGGAGGUUUGUAGCCAAUAGCCAGGAGCGAGAGAUUAGGAUGACCACCACCGAUCUGCCACCCCUCUCUUCAAAGCCUGUGGACCUGACUUCCGAGACUCUCGAGAGCACCCUGCACCAGUGGUCGACACCUGGGUCCACCCCGACCCCGUGGCGAAAAGCAUCGCCCACAGCCAUGCCAUCUCCUGAGGAUCUGCGAGUGAUGCUGAUGCCUUGGGGCCCAUGGCACUGCCACUGUAAGUCGGGUACCAUGAGCAGGAGCCGCGCCGGAAAGCUGCAUGGUAUUUCUGGGCGCCUUCGAAUUGGGGCACUGAACGAACUCCGCACGGAGCACCGGCCUUGCACCUACCAGCAGUGCCCUUGCAACAAGCUCCUGGAGGAGUGCCCUCUGGACUCCAGUCUCUGUCCUGACAGUGGCUGCAGUUCACCCACCACCGGGAUGAGCACCACCUCUCCUCAGGCCCCUGUACACCUGAGACGCAGACCCAUCCUCCCACCCACUAGCCCGAGCCCUAGCCCAGCUCUUGCCUUUUGGAAACGUGUCAGGAUCAACCUAGAGGACAUCUGGAAUAGCCUUUCUUCAGUGUUCACAGAGAUGCAACCAGUAAGUUGUUUUGCUGAAGAGCAGGGCGUUCCUUGACGGAUUUGAAAAGUCGUGGUGUCCCAAAUCUUGUUGCUAACACAGGCAGUGUGCUCGUGGGAGCUGUUACUGACUUACCUGUGUAGUUACUGAGUUGUAACGUGCACUGGUUAUCCUUGGCCCAUUUGGUGUUUUUGGUUGUUUUGUGGUUUUUCUUUUUUUUGGG